GCUGACAGCUCGUGCUUCUGCAGUCGCGAGCGAGCUGCUGAACUAUGUCGGCCUCCAGCCUUUUCUCGAAACGCCACCCCGGGCGGCGGCCCAGCUCAUUCUCGAGGCGAGUCUGCGGUUUCACCUGACGCUGCUGGAGAUUGAGCCGCUUAUUCUUCCGCCCUGGGUCAUGGACAUGGCCUUCCCUUCGCGGGAGAUGUUCUUCGCUUCGCUGGACCUGGAGAGCUCCUUCCAGCAAUGGCCCCCA